UCAACCAAGCAGCCAUUACAAGAAGAAAAUCGCUGCGAGUAGCGAGCAAACUGCAAGGCUUCCUUUCGUUUCAUUCCACUGCAUCUCCCGCGCCAAACCUCCGCUUCCUGCGACCACUCAUGGCUUCGUCUUCGCCGGAUCUACUCUUCGGCCUCCGCAAUAACUUCCACAUUGGUGCUUACCAGGCGGCGAUCAAUAAUAGCGACGUUCCUAACCUCUCUACGGAUGAAGCCAUAGAGCGUGACUCCCUCGUCUACCGCUCCUACAUCGCCCUUGGCUCCCACCAGCUGGUGAUCGAUGAGGUCGAUUCUUCCGCGCCGACCGCGCUUCAAGCAGUCAAGCUGCUCGCCAUCUAUCUAUCUGGAAACAAGGAAUCUGCAAUUUCAAGUCUGUGGGAGUGGCUAAGUGAUGCGGCGAUAGGAAACAAUCCAGUUCUUCGCCUUGUUGCUGGGAUCAUAUACAUGCAUGAACAAGACUAUAAUGAGGCUCUUAAGCAUACAAAUGCAGGAGGAACAAUGGAGUUGCUUGCAUUAAAUGUUCAAAUCUAUAUCAAGAUGCACCGGUCAGACUAUGCGGAGAAACAACUAAAGCUCAUGCAGCAAAUUGAUGAAGACCAUACACUAACACAACUGGCUAGUGCGUGGUUUAACCUCGCAGUUGGUGGUUCAAAAAUUCAGGAAGCAUAUCUUAUCUACCAAGAUUUUUCUGAGAAGUAUCAGAUGACUGGGAUGAUUCUUAAUGGAAAGGCUGUAUGUUGCAUGCAUAUGGGACGGUUUGAUGAAGCUGAAACCCUGUUGCUUGAAGCACUAAACAAGGAUGCAAAAGAUGCGGAGACUCUUGCCAACCUUGUUGUAUGCAGUCUUCAUGUAGGCAAAUCUGCAUCACGGUACCUUAGCCAGCUGAAGCUCACACAUCCAGAUCACGUUCUUAUCAAACGUGUUUCCUCCGCAGAGGAUAGUUUUGAUAGGGCUGUUCAGUCAAUCGCUUAGAAAUUUCAAAUUUGGAGCUAUCAAAUAAGGUCAACUACUCUCAUUUUUCUUCUUUAGAAAUUCAAUCUGUUCGGUUUAAUAUUUUUGUUGCUGCUUCAUAUAGAUCAAAAACUUGCAUAAAACGCUGAGAUUUUCUUUCCUUCCAGACUUCUGUGCUUGAUCUUAUUAAUGGAUACAUAAAAGCUGGAGCCAACUGUGUUAGUAUAGCUGAAAUUUUUUUUCA